ACGAGAGGGAGGCAGGACGGCAGGGAGACUGGCAACAGGUCUCACUGCUCUGGGGGACAAACUGUACGUCAGCCAACAAAAAACUAUUUCAAUAAAUCCGCACAGAGACAUUAUCUCACAUGGAUACGGUCAUCAGUUAGUGACUAACAGCUGGUUCCUCGUUUUAUGUGGUUUGGCUUUUAUUAAGGAGGACACAUUUUCAGAGGAAUAAUAAAGAUGAUUAAGGACAUGAUUCAGCACGCGAAGAAACAUCCAGGGUUAAUCCCUCAGUUUUUCUUCAUGACUCUGGGCAUCUCAGGUGCCACGCUCUACCUGAUCCGUCUGGCAAGAGGGCCCCAUGUCACCUUCUGGGACAAAAAGAACAACCCUGAGCCCUGGAACAAGCUCGAUCCGACCUAUCAGUACAAGGUGACAAUUCCCAUCCCCCAAUUUACAGCUGCUGCAGAGAAUCCUAAUCUUGACAAAACCACCACUGCUUCUCUGAGUCACAGAAAAUCUAGCAAACACCAUAAGUGUAUUGUUUUUUUUCCUAAAUAGAGUAAAAUUAUUUAGCAUUAGCAAAAUAUCACAAGAAGAUCGCACCUACUUCAAACUUUUUGUCAAGUCUGUUUAAACUUGAUCUGAAAGAAAUAAGAACACCUCUAAAACAUUUUUACAUUCUGUCAAGUUACAACUGCAAACAUCCAUGUAAAUUAUGACUUUAUGUGUUGCUGUAGGAAAAUAGUGCACAGUUUGACAUUUUCUUUAAAUGAAAGUCUGAGAAGUUUGUGUAAAGAAGCUCUUAAUGUCACAGAGCACUGUUCAAACCAGUAUCAGAAAAUGUAAACAACAAAAUAAUGAAGUCAAGUUCAGUUGAUUAUUUAUAAUGAUUGAAAAGGUUUUCUAUCUAAGCAAAACAGCAGACUGCGCUGAGUCACUUAUUUGCAGCUUUCAGCUCCUGGAUGAGCAUUUAAUAUGCAUACUCUCAUAUUAAGUAUGCAGCAGUGUCACAUGCUUAACCACAGUGAGAGUUACAACAGCAUAGUUGAGAUAUAAGUUUAUUAUAUUAUAAAUUGUAGAGACAUACUACAAAGGACAUGAGGCCGAGGUGCUUUUCAUACUUUUGUCCCACACAACACACUGAGGGUUGUUGUUUUUCUGCGAUAAAACACAUAAAAGUUCAAGAGGUAUUACGUAGUACUUUGCAAGGAAAGGUAUAUCUGAAGAAACAAAUGAACACACUAUUUACUCAGUAUAAAGAAACCAACCAAACCAUUAGAUUUGCAUUGAUGUAGAUGAUCUGAUUUUGGAGGAAAGAUAACUUUUCUGAAGAUUUGUAAAGUCGGGGUUCUUGCCAGAGGAAUAAAAGUUGCUGCAGACAAAAGGUCACGACAAAACAUGUUUAAUUCUCACUAGCAAGCCAAAGGUCGCACAUCGAAAUUCCACCAACGUCCAAACAAUAACCAUAAUGAGGAUGGGGGAGUGAAAGUGAAGAAAGGGGAAAAGCGUUAACUGUUUGAUUGAUCAUGAAAAGUACAUGUAGCGAAAAUAAUCAGUGCAAUAAAAGAAAAGCAACCGU